AUGCUCAAGUCCAAAACGUUCCUGAAGAAGACCCGCGCGGGCGGCGUGGUGAAGAUCGUGCGCGAGCACUACCUGCGGGACGACAUCGGCUGCGGGGCGCCGGCUUGCUCGGCCUGCGGCGGGGCGCACGCGGGCCCGGGCCUGGAGCCGCGGCCCUGCGACCCGGAGAGCAGCCUCUGCCCGCGGCCGCACUAUCUGCUGCCCGACACCAACGUGCUGCUGCACCAGAUUGAUGUUCUCGAGGACCCUGCCAUCAGGAAUGUGAUUGUGCUACAGACAGUCCUGCAGGAAGUGAGAAACCGGAGCGCCCCCAUAUAUAAGCGAAUCAGGGAUGUGACUAAUAACCUGGAGAAGCACUUCUAUACAUUCACUAACGAGCACCAUAAAGAAACCUACAUAGAACAAGAACAGGGAGAAAGUGCCAAUGACAGAAAUGACAGAGCUAUUCGAGUGGCAGCAAAAUGGUACAAUGACCAUUUGAAGAAAAUAUCAGCAGAAAAUCAGCUACAAGUUAUCCUCAUAACAAAUGACAAGAAAAACAAAGAAAAAGCGGUAGAAGAAGGAAUACCAGCUUUCACGUGUGAAGAAUAUGUGAAGAGCCUGACUGCUAACCCUGAACUUGUAGAUCGACUUGCUUGUUUGUCGGAAGAAAUGAAUGAAAUAGAAAGUGGAAAAAUAAUAUUUUCAGAGCACCUUCCCUUAAGCAAGCUCCAACAAGGCAUAAAAUCUGGUUCAUACCUUCAAGGAACAUUCAGAGCUAGCAGGGAAAAUUACUUAGAAGCCACAGUGUGGAUUCAUGGAGACAACGAAGAUGAAAAAGAGGUACUUCUACAAGGACUUAAACAUCUAAACAGAGCUAUUCAUGAGGACAUUGUGGCUGUAGAGCUUCUGCCCAGGAGUCAGUGGGUGGCACCAUCCUCUGUGGUUUUACAUGAUGAAGGUCAAAAUGAAGAUGAUGUGGAGAAAGACGAGGAGAGAGAACUCAUGCUUAAGACUGCUGUAAGUGAAAAAAUGUUAAGGCCUACAGGUAGAGUUGUAGGAAUAAUAAAAAGGAAUUGGAGACCAUAUUGUGGCAUGCUUUCCAAGUCUGAUAUUAAGGAGUCAAGAAGACAUCUCUUUACACCUGCUGAUAAGAGAAUUCCACGAAUUCGGAUAGAAACCAGACAGGCUUCUGCAUUAGAAGGACGGAGAAUUAUUGUCGCUAUUGAUGGUUGGCCCAGAAAUUCCAGAUACCCAAAUGGACACUUUGUAAGAAAUUUAGGCGAUGUUGGAGAGAAAGAGACAGAAACAGAAGUUUUGCUGCUGGAGCAUGAUGUCCCUCAUCAGCCUUUUUCCCAGGCUGUUCUUAGUUUCCUGCCUAAGAUGCCCUGGAGCAUUACUGAGAAGGACAUGAAAAACCGAGAAGACCUGAGACAUCUGUGUGUUUGCAGUGUGGACCCUCCAGGAUGUACUGAUAUAGAUGAUGCCCUGCACUGUAGAGAGCUCAAUAAUGGAAAUUUAGAGGUCGGUGUUCAUAUUGCUGAUGUUAGCCAUUUUAUCAGGCCAGGAAAUGCACUGGAUCAAGAAUCAGCCAGAAGAGGAACAACUGUUUAUCUCUGUGAAAAGAGGAUUGACAUGGUUCCAGAGUUGCUUAGCUCUAACUUAUGUUCCUUGAGAUCCAACGUUGACAGGUUGGCAUUUUCCUGUAUUUGGGAAAUGAAUCAUAAUGCUGAAAUCUUAAAAACAAGAUUUACCAAAAGUGUCAUUAAUUCAAAGGCUUCUCUUACAUAUGCCGAAGCACAGAUGAGGAUUGAUUCAACAGCCAUGAAUGAUGAUAUUACAACUAGUCUCCGUGGACUAAACAAACUAGCUAAGAUUCUUAAGAAAGGAAGGAUUGAGAAGGGGGCUUUGACUCUUUCUUCUCCAGAAGUACGAUUCCACAUGGACAGUGAAACUCAUGACCCAAUCGACCUGCAGACCAAGGAGCUGAGAGAAACAAAUUCCAUGGUGGAAGAAUUUAUGUUACUUGCAAAUAUUUCUGUGGCAAAAAAAAUUCAUGAAGAAUUUUCUGAGCAUGCUCUGCUUCGAAAACAUCCAGCCCCACCUCCCUCCAAUUAUGAAAUACUUGUUAAGGCAGCUAAGUCCAAGAAUUUGGAAAUUAAGACUGAUACAGCCAAGUCUUUGGCUGACUCUUUGGACCGUGCUGAAUGUCCUGAUUUCCCAUACCUGAACACUCUAUUAAGGAUAUUGGCCACUCGCUGUAUGAUGCAAGCUGUCUACUUCUGUUCUGGGAUGGAAAAUGACUUUCAUCAUUAUGGCUUAGCCUCUCCAAUAUACACACAUUUCACUUCUCCCAUCAGAAGAUAUGCAGACAUAAUUGUUCAUCGGCUGUUGGCUGUGGCUAUUGGGGCUGAUUGUACUUAUCCGGAGUUAACAGACAAACACAAGCUUUCAGAUAUAUGUAAAAAUCUUAAUUUCCGGCAUAAAAUGGCUCAGUAUGCUCAGCGUGCAUCAGUAGCUUUUCAUACCCAGUUGUUUUUCAAAAGCAAGGGAAUAAUAAGUGAAGAAGCCUAUAUUCUCUUUGUACGAAAAAAUGCAAUUGUGGUGUUAAUUCCAAAGUAUGGCUUAGAGGGUACAGUUUUUUUUGAAGAAAAAGAUAAGCCGAAGCCACGGCUUACUUUUGAUGAUGAGGUACCAUCACUGAGAAUAGAAGGUACAGUGUUCCAUGUGUUUGAUAAAGUUAAAGUGAAAAUCACAUUGGAUUCAUCAAAUCUUCAACAUCAGAAAAUCCGCAUGGCUCUUGUAGAACCACAGAUACCGGGAAUAAAUAUUCCUCCUGAUGUAUCAGAUGUGGAUCUUAACGGACCAGAGGAAAAGAAGAGGAGACUUGAGAAGUAGCUACAUUCAACGAAAAACUUCAAAGACUGGUCACCUUAGACAGCAGCAACAAAACUGAAAGCAUACUUAUAAGCUCAUAUGUGUGAUAGCUACUUUUAAAUACAUUUCAAUAAUUUUAAGAAA